AAAUAAUUUGACAUUGACAGAGGUUAGGUCUUUCAAUACAGUUUUUUUGUGUCGAUUUCACAAGUUUUGCGAAGUUAACCCUGAAGUGAGUGAAAUAUUUGAUGUUCCUAGGAAUAUCCGUAUAAUUUGAUGUUAAUCAUAAUGUUCAAUGAAGAAUUUAAACCAAAUGGCUGAAUCUUCAUUCUUUAAUUUCCCCACGCUAAAAGAUAGUGAACAGAUUUCUCUACCAGAAGACGAUAGUUGUUUAGACAAUGAAGAUGAAUAUGAUGCUCUCAAUGAUGAAACCUUUGGAGAUAUUGAAUGUGACUCUACUGUCGAUGACUGGGAACAACAACACGAAAAAUUCGCGCAAUUCGCAAAGCAUUCAAGUAAAGAAGACGAAAUAGUUGACAGUUUAAAGGAUCUAGUUUUGAGUUCCUCCCCCCUAAACCUGACUGGGAAUUCUGUCUGGGCUUAUACACCUACUCCAAGAAAUGGAGAGUCUCCAACUAUCCAAAACCUUCUACCCACAGCGCUCCAACGGUCUAAGGUGGAACGCCGGACAGGCAUUGACGAAGUUGAUACCCCCAAGACUAUUCAGGUCACGUCUCCAUUUCAGCAUAACAUACCCAAGUCUACACCCAAGAUAUGUACUGUGGAGGAGCUGGAGAAGAGCCUCAUCAAGACGACCAAUGUCCCUCCCCCCACUCUGCCUGUUCCCGUGAAACCUCCGCCACCCCCGGGUUACCGUUUUGUCACUCCGCCAGGCAUUUUCUUACCACGAGGGUAUCCAAUUCAAGGAUACCCUCCCCAAUACCCGGUGGGCCCCAAUAGGUUCCCUCCAGGUUUUCCUCCUGCUAACAUGGGGACGCCUAUGAGACACGUUAUAUAUCCUCCUAGAUUCAGACCUAUGCCACCGCACUCAUUUCUAAAGGGCAACAACAUCCUUCAAAGACCGCCUCCGGGACUGCCUUAUCCAAAUCAUCUGAAUCAUCAGGGCCCGUCGCAUUUGCAUAGGGGCGGCAUGCCCUUAAUGCCGGCUCACGUGCAGAAUGUGCACCCAAUGCACCAAUACCAACAGCAGCAACAACACAAUCAACAGCAGUAUCACUACCAACAGCGCCAGGAAGGCUCUCGUGAUAAGAACGUAGUCAUAGACGAGUACGAGGGGUUGAUGACUCCCAGGGAGAAGCAGUGGCUUUUGAAUAUUCAAAUGUUGCAAUUGAAUACAGGCACACCUUAUUUUGACGAUUACUAUUACACAAUAUACAAGGAACGGAAGGCCAGAAGCAACAAAGAGAACCAGCAGCAGUUAUUGAGACUUCAGACCGGGCGGCAACGUAGGAACAGUGAUCGACAGGAGAGUCCCCUGACUCCCAAGGUUUACACCCCCCUGCAAUUUGAGAACUCCCUUGGUAAGCUGCAGUGUGGAUCGGUCAUGGCCCCAAGAAAGAUCAUAGACAUGGAUGUGGUGAACUGCGACAAGGACUCAGAAAACACCUCCAUGUCUUCCAGGGACAGCAAGAAAACCAAGCAAUUGCUCCUGGAAUUGGAGGCCCUCUAUACAAUGUUCCUUAAAGCAGAAGACCUAACCAAUGCCAUGGCCAUCAAUAAUCUGAAGACAUUAAAAGAUAUUAAGCUGAAGCAGCGUAUCAGAGAACUGGAGAAUGCCACAACUGUUGAGCAGAAACAUGAGAUCCUUGAGCUGGUGAAAAAGGAGAAUGAAGAUGUGGUGGAGAAUCCCCUCGAUUACAUGCAGAAAAUUGUGAAUACCCUAUUGCAAGAGGAAAAGUUCACAAGUUUUAUGAAUAUCAGGAAGGGAAAGAUAUUGUUACUGAGACUUCUUCCUGCUAUUCAUUCAGAACACUUCUUCCCCCAGAUCGUAGAGAUUUGGGGAAAAUUGUUGUUGAGUAUACCCAUAAUUGGUAGAAGAGAUACAGCAGGGGACAAAAUUUUACCCAAGUUAUAUCCCCUAUUCAAAAGGUAUACCCAGACAGUGAAAAUGGCAAAUAUUCUGGACAAUAUUCAAGGGCUGACAGAGGUAACCAGAUUGGAAAAUAGCCGUAGCACUCCGUUAGGUCACCAGUCUAAAGCACCUCUCUAUUUUGUUUUGAUGAAUCAGUUUGGCUUAUCGGCAAUGACAGCCUUUUUGGUGAGGAGUGAAUUCCUGAUGUCAACUAAUGAAGUGAUCGAAACUCAACAAACGGCUCUGUUUAACUUCAUUAUUACUGUGACUGACCUGCUUAGCCAAAUAUCGAAAAUUCCUUUCCCUCUAGAGGGAAUGUCACAACUAACGUUGAACAAGCUUUGUCAGCGCAUACCUAACCUCAAUGCAGACAGAACCAUGAUACUAAGGAAACACUUUGUUGAGGAGAAGGAUUGAGUUCUUCAUUCAGAUGAACAUUGAAUUACAAUGUGUGAAAAUCACUGGAUAAUGUUGAGCUCAUUUUUUUUUUGUGAAUCCAUAAGUAAGGGACAAAGAUGCCUUGGUUAUAUAUUAACUCCUUUUGAGGUUAACCAGACAAAAUUAAUGGGGCAUUUUUUUAAGCAUUUUUCUUAUAGUUGUUUUUUUUUUGUGGGUUCAGCUGUUUCUUAAUGUCUCGAACUUAUUGGGUAAUUUAUAAUAAUUUAUUCAUGAAAUUAAGGAUCAUUGUUGAGGACUAAUUGUUUAUUGAUUCAGCAAGACAAUUGUUAUAAUUUUUAGAUAUUACCGUAUUUGUAUAUUUUUAUUAUUGAUUCAUCUUUCAGAUUCGAUUUCUUGUUAGUGAUGAUAUAUUUUUUAUCUUGUCUUCAGAUUAAUUGUGAAUUAUGGAAUUUUAAGCAUUUGUAUCAUUUUUAACUACAAUUUAAAUGCAAAAUAUUUGUUUUAAAAUUGCAUUGAUGAAUGUAAUUGUGGAAGAGAUGUAAAUUGAUAAAAAGUUAUAUUUGAUAAUUAUGAGGUUAGAGAUCCACCCAUUUUUUAAUUUUAUUUGAAGAUAUCGAAAUAUGUUCGACAGAUAUCUUUGUUAUUAAGACCUUACUUCCUAUUUAGACGCUUACUUUGAUUAGGUCAAUGUCAAACUAAUAUAUUUUAAUCAAUGUUUGACUACCAUUGCAAAUAAAUUUCAUCCUUAUCAAAA